ACACGUUUGUGUCUGCUACAGCAGAGCAGCAUGUUUCUCCAGUAAAGUUUAACCAUAAAUAAGCCUUCUACUUUAUCAUAAAACCAUGGACGACAAAUCGGACUUCAAGAUCAACUCCAGGUUCGCCCAGAACUACGAGAAAUACCGACAAAAAGAGGAGUUCCAGAGACUGAAAGACCGCUAUGGGGACGUGGGGGACAGCGGGUCCGAGUCCUCAGAGUCUGCCUCUGAUGACGGUGAGGUGGUAGUGAAUCCUAAACUGGAUCGGGACUUCUACAGAACGCUGUCGUUACUUAAAAAGAAAGACCCAAAGAUCUACGAGCAGGAUGCCAAGUUCUACUCAGAUGAAGAUGAUUCUGACACCGAGGAGCAGCAGCCCAGCUCCAAGCCGGCGGUGAAGCCCAUGUACCUGAAGGACUACGAGAGGAAGGUCAUCCUGGAGAAGGGAGGUAAAUACGAAGAUGAUGAGGACAGCGAGGAAGAUGAGGAAGAGGCUGCUAAGAGACGAGAGAGAGCGGCGUCUCCUAGCUACAUCCAGGAGCAGAAGGAACUGAAGGAGAGCUUCCGGAAGUUCAUCCACGACAGCGACGAUGAGGAGGAGGAGAAGGAGAAGGAGGAGGGGGGGGGAGGAGGAGAGAAGGUGGUGCAGACAGACGGGUUGCUGACCAGGAGGGUCCGCACGGCCGAGGAGAAGGAUAAGGACGAGGAGGACUACGUGGAGUGGCUGAAGGGACAGACGGAUGUGGAGGGAGCUGAGGAGCUACAAGACAUGAGGUACUUGAGGGAGUUCUGGAGCGACCCCCAGCUGGACGAGAAGGAGCGCUUCCUCAAGGACUUUGUCCUCAACAAGCGCUACCUGGAGGACGAGGAGAAGGAGGGGGACAGGAUCCCGAGCUACGAGGACGUGGUCCAGGAGGAGGUGGAGGACUCUGAGGAGGAGGGCGAGUCGUUCCUGCAGCGGCAGGAGGACUUCGAGAGGAGCUACAACUUCCGUUUCGAGGAGCCGGACUCGCUGGAGAUCAAGACGUACCCCCGCAGCAUCGCCACCUCGGUGCGAACCAAAGACGACCGCCGGAAGCUGAAGAGGGAGGACGUCAAGGACAGGAAACAGCGGGAGAAGGAGCAGAAGCAGGAGCAGCUGAAGCAGCUGAAGAACCUGAAGCGAGCGGAGAUCAUGCAGAAGCUGCAGAAGCUGCAGGAGCUGACGGGGAACCAGCAGCUGGCCUUCAGCCAGGCCGACCUGGACGGGGACUUCGACCCCGGGCAGCAUGACGCCCUCAUGCAGAAUUUCUUUGGUGAUGAAUACUACGGAGACGAGGAGGGGGAGAAGCCUCAGUUUGAGGAGGAAGAUGAACUGGAAGAACACUGGAACUGGGACACCUGGAAGGGGGCGGGCGGGGGGGCGGAUCAGGAGGGGGAGGGGGGUUACAGUGGGGGGUACGAGGCCCAGGACCCCAACUGUGAAGACCCAGACUUCAUCAUGGACGCGGACUACGACCCCAGCCAGCCCAGCACCUCCAAGAAGCAGCAGAGGAAGGAGAAGAAGAAGAUGAGGAAGGAGGAUGUGCCCAUGGGCAAGAAGAAACGCAAGUCCCACUUCCUGGAUGUCAUCUCCCAGGACAAACCAGUGUUCGAUCCCAAGGAGCGGAGCUUCGAGCAGUACCUGGACGAGUUCUACAAGCUGGACUACGAGGACAUCAUCGACGACCUGCCCUGCCGCUUCCGCUACCGCCAGGUGCUGGCCAACGACUUCGGCCUGUCCACCGACGAGAUCCUGAAGGCGGAGGAGAAGGACCUGAACCGCUGGUGCUCCCUGAAGAAGACGUGCAUGUUCCGGUCGGACCACGAGGAAAAGUGUGACCUGCAGAACUACCGGAUCAAAGCCCAGAACACGAAGAGGAAGCAGGAGAUCCUGCCCUCCGUCUACAACGAGGAGGAGCAGGAACCUAAGGGCAGGAAGCGGCGCCGGGUAAAGAACGCCGAGAAGAACGCUGCGGACCCCAGGGGGGCCGCCGCCGACAUGGACGCUGCUCGGGCCCUCGGAGAACCAGGGGCCCUCGGAGAACCGUCCGCCCAGGAGGAGGACGAGGGAGAGCUCCUCACACCGAAGAACAAGACUCUGGAACCGGAGGUGCCGCAGGAGGAGAAGAAGGAGGAAGGAGGCACUCCAGCGGCGGGCUCCGUCGCCACCGCGCCGGAGGACCAGAAGAAGGGGGUGAAGACGCUGCGCCGGCCCCUCCAGAGGCAGCGGCGCCUUGGGAAGCGGGGGGCGGCCGCGGGGCCCCUCCGGGUCCAGGUGGGCUCCCAGCUGUUUAGCGGACAGAGGCUGAAGGCGUACGGGCUGAACCCCAAGAGGCUCCACGGCCGGCAGGUGUUCCAGCAGGCUCAGCGGUCCCAGGAGAGGAGGCGGAGGAAGAAGACCCCCAAGGACUGAGCGGAGCUGGGAGGGUGGGCGUCUGUGGAGGGAUUCUGACCCCAAUAAUGGACUCUCAAAAGAUUUGUAUACAUUUUCACUAUUGUGUGUUUUGACUAGAUGGUUUUUCAGCUGAUUGGUUUGAGGCCCAAGUCAUCUUGGCUUUGAAAUAUAGAAAUAUUUUUGAGAACAUUUUGUUAAAUUAUCAAUGAACACAUUUGUAUUGAUUUUUUUUAAAAAAAUUUUUUUUAUUGUCAUUCGUUUUGGUGACUUCAUAGCUAAAAUAUAAUUGUUAUAUCUUACAAGAUACUUGUAUAUGAAACAAUAAAUCCUGAUGUAA